AUGGAUAAGUAUAAAUUUUUAAAUCUAUUAAAUAUUAAAUUGGGUAAGAAAACUACCAAGAAUAAUAAGAUUCGUGAAGGAUUUCAAUAUUUAGCUUAUUCAUAUCUUUCAAAACCAGGUGUUUUAACUGAACGAGAGCUAGCAAGCGUCAGUAAAAUGAAUUUAGAUGAUGAAAUAAAAUCAGAAUUAGCAGAAGUCAUUAUCCAGUGUCAGAGCUCCGGAAUCAAUCAGAUUAUUGAUAAGCCCAAAGGGAAAGGUUUGAAUUUUGGAGCUAAAAAAAUUACUAACGCCUACAGAUGGAACCACAGUGGAAUCUUCACCUUUAUGGAACUUUACAAAGAUUCAUCUGAUAACAUUAAAGAUUACGUUAGAAUAUAUGUUAACCAUAUUUUUGAGUUCAUGACUCCAGAAGAGUUGAAAGAUAUCACAUUCACUAAAGAGGAAAUUAAAGCUGGUAAAAACCUCUGUAACAAAUUCAAACUCAUGGUUGAUCAUAUCGAUGGUUUACAUCCUUCAAAUACCUUAAAGGCCUCCAUGAGCUUUCUCAGAGAAAGGAGAAUUACUCUCAGUGUAUUCUUCUCGAUACUUUACACUGGGAAUUCUGCUUAUCACCAUUCUCCAUUACAUCCACAAUUCAAAGGAAUCUCAAAUAUAGUUCUUCAAGUGGACACUACAUUGUACGAUCAAAAUGAGAAUUUGGUUAUGCCAGAACUUUUGGUUGAGGGACUAAUCUUGAAGCACAAGAUUAAUGAUGACUUUGAUCCUAUUCCUUAUGAACAAUCACUGCAAUGUUUUUUUGAUAAUGCCCACAAGUUUUACUCUAAUACUCCUUUAGUAAUAACUUUACAAUUUAAACUUGGAUUAGAUGACGAUGGAACAAGUAUGAAUGAUCUUUUGUUAAAAAUGAAUUUUUUAUCUAAAUUGGGCCACUUCAACCUUAACAUUUAUAUCUAUAAAACUUUGGAAGAUGGCCACCCAACUGAAUUUAACAUGCCGCCAGUAAGCUACUUCAAAAAACUUAAAAAUAUUAUUGGAUUCAGAUUCGAAACAGACCAUAUCUCUCCUGACAAUAAGUUAUCCUAUGAUAAGAUUGUUAAUCAUCACUUAAAAUUAAAUAUCUCUUGGCUAGAUGAUGUAGAACUUGAAGAGUUGUACUUGGGUCAAAAGAUUAGAGUGAUUGAUAUAAGUCAUCUUAAAUUUCCUAAAUUAAAAUCAUUAGGAUUUGAAUGUAAGGAUUAUGCCACAAGUUAUAAUUUUGGUUAUUUUCUUAGAAGACAUUUUUCAAUUAUUAAACAUUUAACUCUUAGAGAUUUCUUGGGCCCUGUCUAUAUCAACUUGGAAUCAGUAGCUUUAGAAAGUUUUACCUUUAUUGGAUACGAGACUAUAUCUUGGGAUUGGCUUUCCUAUGUUUCCACAAAGACUAAAAGUUUGAUUAUCUUGAAAAGUACAUUUUUAGAUACUGAAAUUGUUCCGGAUCUUUCUUGUCAAGAAAUUAUCUUACUGAGAGAUACUGAAAUGGAAAGCCCAGCAAUGAAGAAAUCAAUAGACGCAUUCAUUAGCGAAUCUUUAGAAUUAGGUACAUAUAAGGUUAGACAGAUUCCAUUCAGACUUAGUCAUAGAUAUUUUCAAAUUGAAAAUGGCGAAUCCUUUAAAGCAAUUGAUCUUUAUGGUACAUUAAUUGGUGGACCACUUCCUUCUCACUUAGAAAUUGGAUCAGAAAUGAAAAGUGUUUUGGAAAAAGAACAAAAAGCCACAAAAGCUGUAGAAAAUUUACAUAAUUGGGAAGAUGAGUCUGAUUUGCUGGACGAUAAGUCUGAUUCCGAUAAGUCUGAUUCCGAUGAGUCUGAUUCCAAUGAAUCUGAUUCCGAUGAAUCUGAAUCUGAAUUAUUGAAUUCAGAAGAAGAUCUCAUCUAA